AUGCUCUGCGCUGAUGGUCGCGGUUUGAUUCAACCUUUCGCAGUAACUGCGGGUCCCUAUCCGGUAGAUGAAGGUGCUUCGGCAGCUGAUCAAACACGACCUGUAUAUGUUUAUCUGUUGGAUACCGGCAAUAGUCGUUUGCUGGUAAUUGAUUUGAGCACAGGCAAAGUGCAUGCGACAUUGUCCGGUGAGCCACUGGCUGGUCAAGCAGCAACUGGGGUCGCUUGGUCGCCCCAAGGAUUGUGGAUUGUCAACUGGAGAGCGAAACAAGUUUAUCUCUUAGACCCACGCACAGAUCAAGUUGUACAUUCCAUCUACAGUUCACAGUUUAUUGAACCAACUAGUGUAUUUCGCUGUCCAACUACCGGUCAAUUGUUUGUGGCCGACAACGGUGCCGGUUGCGUGUUCCAGUGCAACCCGAUCACUGGACAUACGACCCCGUUUGUUGGCGCAGGUGCUCCGCCCACACAACCCGUGGAUUCAACGGGCGUGGGAUCAUCCGCUGGUCCGAGCGCAUCCACAUCCUCACCAUCCCCAUCCCAACAACAGUCCGGUGCGGACGAUUCCGACGCGUCGGGUAGCAGUGGUAGUCUGGGUGCACCAGUUCCACCGACCUCGCCCGGAUUUGGGGCUGCGUUAGAACCGCGUAGUUGGCGGCAGAUCAGUGGUUUGUGUGUAACCGAUACGGGUGAAUUGAUUCUGUCCACCGGAUCUACCAUUCGAAUCCCAGAACGAGUUGGCGUCUUCCGACGCGAAUUUCGAAGACUAUUGACCAUGCUAAUCGGAACACAGCUUUGA